UGGCGUAGAGCGCGGUAUAGCGCUCGAAACGGUUGCGCGCAUGCUCUUUAUCGAGGGGGAGUGAGUAGCAUGAAUGGAGGAAAAUGGCGGAUCAUGUGCAGAGCCUAGCCCAGCUAGAGAUCCUGUGCAAGCAACUUUAUGAGACAACAGACACAACCACUCGUUUACAAGCAGAAAAGGCAUUGGUUGAAUUUACCAACAGUCCAGACUGCUUGAGCAAAUGUCAACUUCUAUUAGAAAGAGGCAGUUCAUCAUAUUCUCAGUUGCUGGCAGCUACAUGUCUUUCCAAACUUGUUUCCCGCACAAGUAAUCCACUUCCCCUGGAGCAGCGUGUUGACAUUCGUAACUAUGUUCUUAACUAUCUUGCAACCAGACCGAAGUUGGCUUCAUUUGUAACGCAAGCUCUCAUCCAGUUAUACGCCAGAAUUACCAAACUUGGAUGGUUUGACUGUCAGAAAGAAGAUUACGUCUUUAGGAAUGUAAUAGCAGAUGUGACAAGAUUCUUGCAGGAUAGUGUGGAACAUUGUAUCAUUGGAGUGACGAUUCUGUCUCAGUUAACUAAUGAAAUAAACCAAGCAGACACAACACAUCCAUUAACUAAACACAGGAAAAUUGCCUCUUCUUUUAGAGAUUCUUCUCUCUUUGACAUCUUUACAUUGUCCUGCAAUUUAUUAAAGCAGGCAUCAGGCAAGAACCUCAAUUUAAAUGAUGAAAGUCAACAUGGACUUCUCAUGCAGCUUCUAAAGUUGGCUCACAACUGUCUGAAUUUUGAUUUUAUCGGAACUUCCACAGAUGAAUCAUCAGAUGACCUUUGCACCGUGCAAAUUCCCACGAGUUGGAGGUCAGCUUUUUUGGAUUCUUCAACUCUACAGCUGUUUUUUGAUUUGUAUCAUUCCAUUCCUCCAACGCUCUCACCUUUGGUGUUAUCAUGUUUAGUUCAAAUUGCUUCAGUUAGAAGAUCUUUAUUUAACAAUGCAGAAAGAGCAAAAUUCUUGUCUCAUCUAGUUGAUGGAGUGAAAAGAAUACUGGAAAAUCCACAAAGUUUGUCAGACCCAAAUAAUUAUCAUGAAUUCUGUAGACUUCUGGCUCGACUGAAAAGUAACUAUCAGCUGGGAGAGUUGGUUAAAGUAGAAAACUAUCCUGAAGUUAUUCGACUAAUAGCAAACUUCACAGUAACCAGCUUGCAGCACUGGGAGUUUGCUCCAAAUAGUGUACACUACCUACUAAGUCUUUGGCAACGAUUGGCAGCUUCUGUACCCUAUGUUAAAGCCACAGAACCCCACAUGCUUGAGACCUACACACCAGAAGUCACAAAGGCUUAUAUUACUUCUCGAUUAGAAUCUGUCCACAUCAUAUUGCGUGACGGUCUUGAGGAUCCCUUGGAUGACACUGGCCUUGUUCAGCAGCAGCUGGAUCAACUUUCCACAAUUGGUCGCUGCGAGUAUGAAAAGACUUGUGCUCUUCUUGUGCAACUUUUUGACCAGUCGGCUCAAUCAUAUCAGGAGCUGCUACAGUCCAGUAAUGCAAGUGCUAUGGAUGUUGCGGUACAAGAAGGGAGAUUAACAUGGCUUGUAUACAUAAUUGGUGCUGUAAUUGGUGGGAGAGUGUCAUUUGCAAGCACGGAUGAACAAGAUGCCAUGGAUGGAGAGCUAGUCUGUAGGGUUCUUCAGUUGAUGAAUCUGACAGACUCUCGCCUCGCUCAGGCUGGGAAUGAAAAACUAGAACUGGCCAUGCUGAGCUUUUUUGAGCAGUUUCGGAAAAUAUAUAUUGGUGACCAGGUUCAAAAGUCCUCGAAGCUGUAUCGACGUUUGUCUGAAGUUUUAGGACUAAAUGAUGAAACAAUGGUGCUGAGCGUGUUCAUUGGCAAAAUAAUUACCAAUUUAAAGUACUGGGGAAGGUGUGAACCAAUCACAUCAAAGACAUUACAGCUUCUUAAUGAUCUCUCCAUUGGAUAUAGCAGUGUUAGAAAGCUGGUGAAACUCAGUGCAGUCCAGUUCAUGCUCAAUAACCACACUAGUGAGCAUUUUUCAUUUCUGGGUAUUAAUAACCAGUCAAAUCUUAGCGACAUGAGAUGUCGGACAACGUUUUACACAGCACUUGGACGCCUUCUUAUGGUGGAUUUAGGAGAAGAUGAAGAUCAGUUUGAGCAGUUUAUGAUGCCUUUGACAGCAGCAUUUGAAGCUGUAGCCCAGAUGUUCAGUACGAACACAUUCAAUGAACAAGAAGCAAAAAGAACAUUGGUUGGGCUUGUUCGAGAUUUGAGGGGGAUCGCCUUUGCUUUUAAUGCAAAGACCAGCUUCAUGAUGCUUUUUGAUUGGAUCUAUCCAUCCUACAUGCCAAUAUUGCAAAGAGCAAUUGAACUUUGGUAUCACGACCCUGCCUGCACAACACCAGUCCUCAAGCUCAUGGCAGAGCUGGUUCAUAACAGGUCACAAAGAUUACAGUUUGAUGUUUCCUCACCCAAUGGUAUCUUGCUUUUUAGAGAAACCAGCAAAAUGAUUACAACCUAUGGCAAUCGUAUUUUAACUUUGGGGGAAGUACCAAAGGAUCAAGUUUAUGCACUAAAAUUGAAAGGAAUCUCAGUAUGCUUCUCCAUGCUAAAGGCAGUACUUGGAGGCAACUACGUGAACUUUGGAGUAUUCCGUCUCUAUGGAGAUGAUGCACUAGAUAAUGCCUUACAGACUUUUAUUAAGCUACUACUGUCUAUCCCUCAUAGUGAUCUACUGGACUAUCCCAAGCUGAGCCAGUCUUAUUAUUCCUUGUUGGAGGUACUCACGCAGGACCACAUGAAUUUCAUUGCUAGUCUGGAACCUCAGGUCAUUAUGUAUAUUCUCUCUUCCAUCUCUGAAGGACUCACAGCACUUGAUACAAUGGUUUGUACCGGCUGCUGCUCUAGUUUGGACCAUAUAGUUACAUAUCUCUUCAAGCAGUUGUCACGCAGCACAAAGAAACGUUCCACUCCAAUUGCACAGGAGAGCAACAGAUUCCUUCACAUCAUGCAGCAACAUCCAGAAAUGAUCCAGCAGAUGUUAUCAACUGUUCUCAAUAUAAUAAUAUUUGAAGAUUGUCGAAAUCAAUGGUCUAUGUCUCGACCGCUCCUUGGUUUAAUUCUGCUAAAUGAGAAGUAUUUUGCAGAUUUACGAAAUAGCAUUGUAAACAGCCAGCCGCCUGAAAAACAACAAGCCAUGCAUUUAUGUUUUGAAAAUCUCAUGGAGGGUAUUGAACGUAACUUACUAACGAAAAACAGAGACAGGUUUACACAGAACCUCUCAGUGUUUAGAAGAGAGGUGAACGACUCAAUGAAGAACUCCACGUAUGGCAUGAACAGCAAUGAUAUGAUGAGCUGACUCCUGAAGUUCCAUCUGUACAGAGCAGCCUGGGUUUGGCCAGACCACCAGGGGACAACCAUCUUUCCAGAGAGUGCAUUUCUGAUCUCCUUUCCUCUCUGCUUCUGUAUGCUGAAGUUUGUAGAUCAGGGUUAAGGCUUUACUUCAGCACUCAUUGGCCAUGGAGGGGAGGGAGCAAGGGAGAGUCACAUUGAAAAUGAAAAGACAGAAGCAGGGCACUGUUGUUCUUUGGGGAUGAGGCAGUAAGGAAUUCUUAACUUCAUUUCCUGGUCCUUAUCAGAAUCCCAGUGCUCUGCUUUUUGCUUGCCUUGUAAAAUUGUGUACAUUUUUUCAUAACAUUUUGAACAAUGUUUAUAUAAUUCAAUUUAAAAAAAAUUCAAAAGAAAUGAAAGUGUGAUGGAAAUUUUUACAGAUUUAGUAGUAAAACAAUGCUGAAGUGAAGAAUUGUGUAUGUAUGCAAUGCAGGUGUUAAAGGACUGAUGUUGGAUUAGAGUGAAUGAAAAAUAGAACUAUUUGGGAGGGUGCAGACAUUAAAAAUAAUAAUAAAUUUCUUAAUAUUGACCUAUUGUAUAAUUUCAUCUUCCCUAAUGAUCAUCCUAAGUGCAGCUGAAUUUUGUUAACCAGCGGUUUAACUCAGGAGCUCGACACAUUGCCUAUGUCCAUCCCUUUGCAUAAAUUUCUUUGGUGAGGGUCUAUUGGCAUGUUUUCUGAUCAUUUUGUCAAAUCCCUAGUCCCCUGGAAAAUAUUGGCGGUUUUUACUACAGGAUCAAUAUGGCAGCUUUUUACUUUACUUAAGUUUUUGCUGCUAAACACUAGUGAGGACUAGUUCAUUUCUAAGUAUUUCCUUACUCAUGAAGGUUGUGUGUGUUUUUUUUCCCGUUUUUUAUUUUAUUUUAAUUCCCUGAUAUGAAUGUGUCUCGUGAUUGUGUGUUGGAUCUACUGAAUGGUCAGAUAUCUGGUUGGCUUGUAUGGAUGAAUGCACUACAUACAGUGUAAGCAUUGUGACUGCAAAUAAAACAUUAGUGAUUUGUAA